AUGGAUUUGGCUGAAGUAAAAUCGAAAAAGUUAGAUCUUUACCGAACGCUGGGUUUUGACAUCAAUGAUAAAGACGCUCUAGAGGCAACUGACCUCUCCCAAGUUACUAAACAAUUCAGAAAACUAUCGUUAAUUUACCAUCCAGAUAAAUCAAAUCUAAAAGAUUCUGAAGAUGUACGAAAUCGGUGGGACCUUUUACAAACUGCAUAUCAAAUACUAAUCAAACAUAAAAGUGAGUAUGAUGCAUGGUUUAGUCAGACCUUUCUUCGAGGAAACAAAGAACUUUUGGCAAAACUUGAGUUUGCGGAGAAUUCGCAGAAAGAGAGCGACGGAACGUCUUACACUCAGAUUGAACCCAUUCAACAAUAUGGUCAAACACUUAGGAAGUUACUACACUUUAAAAUUACACCGAUAGAUUGGAGGAAUCCUCAGUUUUCCGAGGUGCAUGAUUCAUCGCAUAAGUUUGCAGAAACGUGUCUCUUUAGAAUAAAGCUAGUAAAAAGAACAGAGUUUUCUUCAGCAGAUGAACUAAACAAAUGGUUUAAGAGUAUCGAUCUUCCAUUAGACUUAGAAUACCACUCAGAAAAUAAUGAUCAACGGGAGAAUGAUUUAGUAAUUUAUGCAAGCGCAAGAGAUGUUCCGACUACCUUAAACAUUAUAAAGACGCUAAAAGAUAAAAAGAGCUAUCAUCCCGAUAUACUCGAGAUAAAGCCUGCAGUUGAUUUCGAGCAUUUCUCAUUUUCUGAGAAAGAAGAGUUGAAUCCUGGUCUGCAAAGUGUCAUAUUCAAUUCUCCCGAUAAGCCUAUCGUACUAUAG